AGAAGCAUGAACUUGGGCAAACUCUCAACUCAAAAUGAUUAUAUAGACGGGACACCUGUUGUCCAUUAUACUCAUUACUGAAUCUUCUGCCAUACCUGUUUAAUCAUCACUUCUGUAAUGUUUGCUGAACGGUCUGGGUGAAGAGAUGAAAGCAUCAGAUGCUGCAUUGUUGGACCAGAUGUAUAACUGUACAGUUUGCUAACAACACCGGGUUGCCUCAUGGACAUUGGGGAUCAAAAUGGUUAUGGACACCAACAGCAGUUUUAUUUACAGUAACAUCAGGUCCUACAUGAUAGAAGAAAAACCGAGGGAUCUCAGCACCACUAGAAUGAUUUCAGACUCGCUGGACUUACAUUAUUUAUUGAAGAUUAUACAAGAACCAACUCCCAGUUCCCUGCCAACUUCCAGCCUGUUCACAGAGAACGAUACUCAAUGCGGGGAGAAGAUUCUAAACUAUGGAAUCAUGGAAAAAAUAGUUAUUGGAGUUAUUCUGACGAUGCUCACUUUAUUGACUAUUGCUGGAAACUGUUUGGUAGUUAUUUCGGUAUGCUUUGUAAAGAAACUAAGACAGCCUUCAAAUUAUCUCAUCGUUUCUUUGGCUCUGGCUGAUCUCUCGGUAGCAGUGGCUGUAAUGCCAUUUGUUAGUGUCACGGACCUUAUUGGUGGACAAUGGAUCUUUGGACAGGUUUUCUGUAACGUCUUUAUAGCGAUGGAUGUGAUGUGCUGUACAGCUUCAAUCAUGACCCUGUGUGUAAUAAGUAUAGAUAGGUACCUUGGAAUAACUAAACCGUUAACGUACCCUGUGAGACAAAAUGGAAGAUGCAUGGCCAAAAGGAUCUUGUGUGUUUGGCUCCUGUCUGCCUCCAUUACUCUGCCUCCUCUCUUCGGUUGGGCCCAGAAUGUAAAUGAUGACAAGGUGUGUUUGAUUAGUCAAGACUUUGGCUACACCAUUUACUCCACCGCUGUGGCAUUUUACAUCCCCAUGUCGGUGAUGCUGAUCAUGUACUACCAGAUAUACAAAGCUGCCAAGAGGAGUGCUGCUAAACACACAUUUUCUGGCUUCCCACUGCCAGAAGAGAAUGAUGGCUUUGACUGCGCCCCGGGAGCUAUAAAAGUGCACAAGGAGUCGGAAGAGUGCGCCAAUUUUUCUCGCCUUCUCAAGCACGAAAGAAAAAACAUCUCCAUUUUCAAAAGGGAGCAGAAAGCAGCCACCACCCUGGGGAUUGUUGUGGGGGCGUUUACGGUUUGCUGGCUGCCUUUCUUUUUGCUGUCCACAGCAAGGCCCUUCAUCUGUGGCAUCGAGUGUAGCUGCAUCCCCCUUUGGGUAGAGAGGACAUUAUUGUGGCUGGGCUAUGCCAAUUCCCUCAUCAAUCCUUUUAUAUAUGCCUUCUUCAACCGAGACCUACGGACCACGUUCCGGAACCUGCUGCAGUGCAAAUACAGGAACAUCAACCGCAAACUGUCAGCAGCAGGGAUGCACGAAGCUCUGAGGCUUGCAGAGAGACCCGAACUUGCACUCCAGCAGCACUGCUUUGAGGGAAAACUGUAACUUGGUUAUAUGCUGUACCACUUUCUUUUAUUACAUUUUAUAUACAUGGUUGGGGUGUUCAGAAAAUCUGAAUAUUGUGGCUCUAUUAGCCUCUUAUUUAAGCUGUAUUAUGUUAUCAAGGGUUUUUAUCAUUCUGAAAGGAAAUUUUACUUAGCACUUGGUGUCACAAAAAAAAAAGUAAUCAAGCUGUUCAUUUUAAAGAGGAAAGUUAAAUCCAUACACUUACUUCUUUGUGCCGGUACCUUAUUGCUUUAUAUGUUACAGCCUUCCUACUAGUGCAAGAUCUUUAGCAGCGUUGCUAAUGCUAAAAAUAGAUACAUUCAAAUAUACCUUUGAGGCUAGCACAGCUUUCAUUUCAUUUACUUUCUGACUUCACAAGAUUUUUUAAUGCAGUAAAACCAGUACAGGAUAUGACAGCGUGGCCUUAGGCCAAUGUUAAAACAGUAUUGAAGAAAUACAUUAAAUAAAUGCUGAGUUGGAAUUAAAUGUUGUGGAGUUUACUCCUGGAUAAAAGACAAUAAAGUAGGCCACACAAUAUACUGUGAAGUGUCUUAACUCAGGUAAUACACACACACAAC